AUGCUCUCAGGCAGAUUAAAACUACCAGAAAAUGUUACUUCAAUCGGCCACAAUGCGUUUUGUCACUGUUCAAAAUUAACAUUUAUCAAUAUUAAUCCAAAAAUUAAUUUUAUUGGUAAGAAAGCAUUCAAAAAUUGUAUGUACCUCCAAAUACAUCUUAUGUUCGAAGGCAAAAACCUCAAAUUUUUGGGAGAAUCAGCAUUUCAACAUUGUAACAGUAUUUCUGGACAGUUAGUACUUCCAAAUUCGAUAACUGAGCUCGGAAAUAGAACAUUUUACGAAUGCUCAUCAUUAACUUCUCUAACUUUGCCAAUAUUUCUAACCGAAAUUCCAGAUCAAUGCUUUGCAUGGUGUACCGGACUAUCCCAAAUAACUCUUCCACCAGGACUUCUUAUAUUAGGUGAUGGAUGCUUCCAAUCUUGCGUUAGCAUAAAUGGCCAAUUAAAAAUUCCUGAUUCAGUUACAUACAUUGGAGAUAACUGUUUCAGAGGGUGCAGUUCAAUCUCUGGUGCACUUAUUAUACCGAAAUCAGUCGAAGCCAUUGGUCAAAACGCUUUUGAUAGCUUGACAAAAUUAAAAGGUAUCAUUAUCAAGGCAGAUCCUGAUGAAUUAUAUUGCGAAGAAACAGCAUUUAACAGUUAUAAAGGAUUGAUAACAGUAGAUGCAAAUUCCAACAUUAAAUCAAUUUGUGGAAAGAAAGUUAAGAAAGCAGACCCUAAUAAUAAGGAAGAUCUCUACGCUGAUGAUGAUUACGCACUCUCAGAUGAUGAAAAAGAAUAUAUGGAUCUUUAA